CAAAUGCUCAGAGCCACGAGUCUGCACUAGGCUGCCUCAGCCUAGAGCUCAUGAGGGACCUGGCUCUAGGCUCCAGAUGACACUGAGACCUCAUUAUAUGAACUCCCGCCAUGAACCGAAAGAAGCUGCAGAAGUUGACAGACACCUUAACUAAAAGUUGCAAGCAUUUUAAUAAAUCUGAAGUGAACUGCCUUAUAACGCUUUUCUAUAACUUGGUGGGAGAUGUGGUAGAAAGGCCAGGAGUAGUCAUUGGACUAGAUCGUAAUGCAUUUCGGAACAUUCUGCAUAUGACAUUUGGAAUGACAGAUGACAUGAUUAUGGACAGAGUCCUCAAUUUGAUCAUUCCCUGCUGUCUAGUCUUCUUAGUAUUUCGAGGUUUUGAUAGAGACAAUGAUGGCUGUGUAAGUGUAACUGAGUGGAUUCAUGGAUUAUCACUGUUUCUUCGAGGGACUUUAGAAGAAAAAAUGAAAUAUUGCUUUGAAGUGUUUGAUUUGAAUGGGGACGGCUACAUUUCAAAGGAGGAGAUGUUCCACAUGCUGAAGAACAGCCUUCUCAAGCAGCCCUCUGAAGAAGACCCUGAUGAAGGGAUCAAAGAUUUGGUUGAAAUUACACUUAAGAAAAUGGACCAAGACCAUGAUGGGAAGCUGUCCUAUACGGACUAUGAGAAUGCCGUGAGAGAAGAGACUCUCCUGCUGGAAGCCUUUGGGCCAUGCCUGCCUGAUCCAAAGGGGCAUGCUAAUGGCUCCAAACAGCAUCAAUAUCUGCCACUGACAACUCAAGAACCAUUGGGUCUGCGAGAUCAUAUGCUUCAGAUGGUAGCACAGACAGCAUAGCAACCCUGACCUACUGAAGAGCCUUCUCUGUUCCAGGACCCACUCAACGCUAACAGAUUUUCAAGUCACUUGGUAUAUAUGCUCAAGUAACACAUCCAAGAGAAGAUUGUUCUCUCUCCAGAAUCCGAAUAGACCCUCUAAAUGUUGGGCUUCUUUUUUGGGAGUGGGGGCGGUCACAUGCAAUAACUUGUCCUUAACUUCUAAAGAAAUACCUCUACACGUCCCAUACUACUGCCCUGCUAAACAUGUCACUGAGGUAGAAGACCCUUGAACUUUUGUGGGAUUUACUUCUCAUUCUCUGAUGUGCAUAUGUGUCUUCAACAAGUCCAAAGUGGUUGCUACCUCCUGUUCACUUGGUCCAAUUCGCAUAAUGCCAUUAAUAUAGUCGACCAGUGUGACAUUUUGUGGAAGAAACAAGUGAUCAAGAUCUCUUCAAACUAAGUUUUGUCACAGAGCUACAGAGUUGAUGUAUCUUUGAAGUAAAACUAAAGGUGUACUAUUGGUCUUGCCAACAGAAAGAAAAGCGCUUUUGAUCCUCUUUAUGGUCAGGUACCAAGAAAACGGCAUUUGCUAAAGCAUUAGCUGCAUACCAAGUACCGGGAGAUGUGUUUAUUUGCUCAAGUAAGGACACCAUGUCUGGCAAAGCGACUACAUCAGGAGUCACUGGACAUUUAAGUUUUUGAUAAUCAGCUGUCAUUCUCCAUAAACCAUCUGUCUUUUGCCCUGGUCAGAUAAGAGAGUUACGGGAAGAAUUAAACUACUACCCCUGCAUUUUCGUCCUUAAUGGUGGCCCUAAUUUCUUCAGUUUAUGAGAUGCAAUACUGUCCUCUCCUCUUUGUCCCUGGUAGAGGCAACUCCAAUGGCUUCCAUUUGGAAUUUCCAACCGUAAUAACCCUCACUUCACAGGUCAAAGAACCAUUGUGAGAAUUCUGCCAAUGUUGAAGUAUUUCUAUCCCAAUUAUACAUUCUGGAACUGGGGAAAUAACUACAGAAUGAGUUUAGUGAUGUACUAGAGCUAUUGUGAGUUGUACUUCAGUCAAAACUCCAUUAAUCAUCUAACCUCCAAAAACGUAUAACAAGGGGCCCCAAUGCUUCUUGGGCUCUCCCUCUCACCGUUGUCCCACACCUGUAAAAUCCACUCUCAUAUAUAUUCCCCAGACAUCUGACUGAAUGAAUUGGCAAACUCACUAAGGUCUUUAGCGGUGUAGCACACAUCUCACGAACUACACUUUUUAUCUCCCAUUUGGGAGCUGACUGGCGUUAAGUCUGGUCAUAGGUCUAGAGGUAUUGGUGGGCCCUGGGAAACAGCAGUAUUGUCUUGCCUGAUAUCUCCUUCAGGGAAAGUCACUGUUGGG